CGUUGCCUAAAUGCUCCGCAGGGAACUCCCACUUCAGCUCGUACAUUACUCCCAAACAAUUUCUGUAGUGCAUCUAAUGUGUUGGUAACAUGUACAGAGUGUCGUUCCUCGCUAUGCAGGAGUGGAUGUCUGACAGAAAAUACCAAUCUGCCACUUCCGAUCUUGGAGUGGAGAUUGCGCAUGGAGGUGGCGCGCGCUCCUGCUCUAGCGCUUCCCGUGAUUCCCUUCGUACCCAAGUCUCCGAGGACACCAACAAACUCUGCGACGCAGUCUCUCUUUCCCUCGGUCUACAUUCGGAGCCGGAUACUUACGACGCUGAACAGCCCCCGUCGAGGCGAGAGAGCGCGCCCGGUGAGGACGGAUUUGCUCAUGCGUCACGGGAGUUGCCAGAGGCAGGAAAAAGAGCGCAUUCGCCGUGUUUCCGAACUCAGGUGGAGGGCAGGAGACCAGGACCCCCUUCAGGCUGGUUCGAAAGUUUUCAGAGAAAGAGAGACGACCACCCAUUGCGAAUGUCAUACCUGCAGCUGAAAGACGCCGCCGAUGCAGAAUCGAGCAAGGAGUUUCACAGAAGCCGGGGGUUACCCCCGAACCACAGCGUCAGUGUGCAUUGCCGAAGUUUGGACGAAUCAGACGCCCCCUUUUCUCAAUCUGAAGAGAUUAUGCAGACGAGCAUCAGACAGCCGAAUGCUGUGGAGAAUGCUGUCGAUCAAUGGCCUAAAAACGCUUUCGCGCAGACAUCUGGGACGUUUAAAACUGACCUGGAAUACCCUUGUCCGUCUCGGGCAAGUCUUUGCUGGGACGGCGCAGGCAGAACAGCAGCCCAGCCCUCAAGGCACUGCCAUGUUCCAUCUAUGAAUUACUCUCCUUAUGAUCUCUUUUUACGGAAUUGCAGUGACUACUCUCUGUGCAGCCCUCCACUAUCGUUUAAUGGGCAAUAUCCAGAGUCGUAUUAUCCUGGAGGGAUUUAUGGUAGGAUCCCAGCCACUGCCGCUCUACCCAGGCCAUGUGAGUGGACGAGCGGAAGGAGCAGCCUCAGCCCCGGCUUCAGGCUGGAGGACAUGAUGCCCAUGAGUCUUCUGCUGGCGGCCCCGAGGGUCUGCCAGAUCUGUGGUGACGUGGCCUCUGGGUGUCACUAUGGAGCUCUCACUUGCGGCAGCUGCAAAGUGUUUUUCAAGCGGGCCGCAGAAGGAAAACAGAACUUCCUGUGUGCUAGCAGGAAUGACUGCACCAUAGACAAACUGCGGAGGAAGAACUGCCCUUCUUGUCGUCUGAAAAGAUGCUUCGAGUCAGGGAUGACUCUCAGAUCUCGGAAGCUGAAGGUGAUCGAUUCCCAGAAGCCGCUGGAGAGGAGUGACUCUUCGGGGCCCUCUGCUGUCGAGACGGCCCCCAGUGGCAGCGCUGCUCCAGCCAUGGUGCCGGCCCACCUCCUGGAGACACUGCACAGCGUCCUGGGCCACAUAGAGCCGCUGAUGGUGCACGCUGGACACGACGCGGCCCAACCCGACAGCGCCACCGCCCUCCUCACCAGCCUCAACCAGCUGGGAGAGCGACAGCUCGUCUCUGUGGUCAAGUGGGCCAAAGGAGUACCAGGUUUCCGUAAUCUGCAUGUGGACGACCAGAUGAUGGCGAUCCAGUACUCGUGGAUGGUGAUCAUGGUGUUUGGGCUGGGAUGGAGGUCCUUCACAGAAGCCAAUGCCACCCACCUCUUCUUCGCCCCUGACCUCGUAUUCAACGAGCAGAGGAUGCAUGCGUCAGGGAUGUAUGAGGACUGCGUGCGUCUGCGUCAGCUGUCACAGCGGUUCAGUGCCCUGCGGGUGAGCCGAGAAGAGUUCCUCUGCAUGAAGGCCCUCCUGCUCUUCAGCUUCAUUCCAGCGGAGGGUCUGAAGAGCCAGAGUUGUUUUGACGAGCUGCGCAGCACCUACAUCAAUGAGCUGGGCCGCCUGGUGACCACUCGGGAGCAUGGCAACCGCAACGAGCGCCUCUUCCAGCUCACUCAGCUCCUCGACUACCUACAGCUGAUCGUCCAGAAGCUGCACCAGUUCACCUAUGACCUCUACCUUCAGACACUCAUGCUGCAGACCAAGGUGAACUUCCCUGAGAUGAUUUCCGAGAUCAUAUCCGUUCAUGUGCCCAAGAUCCUGCGAGGCCUGGUUAAGCCUAUCCUGUUCCACAAGUGACAGCUGCAUAAAUUCACACCAUUGUCAUUUCGAUCCAUUGUGUAGCGUACAUCGCCAACUGCAUAAAAUUACACCAUAAUUUCAAGUCAUGUAAAUAAUUGCUCACAUCAUUCCUCUCGACUCGUCCUUUUACCAUACUGUUUUCUGUUGUAUCUUUGCUAGCCUUAAGUUUUAGCAUGUCACAUGAUCACUGUACAUUGGUUCAUUUACAAUUUACUGAAACCUUCUUUUUGCCCCCAGAAGCUAGAAUUUAAGUGAGUUCUGUUGUAUAUUCCCUCAUGUAAAAAUCUUAACUAAGCUUCCAUAACAAAACACUUGUCUUAAAAUGUUAGUAAUAGGGUGUCUUAGGAAUACUGCUGUAAGCCAUCCCUAAUGCCAAGAGAAAGCCUAAGUCUUGCUGUAAAUUAAUGCCUUAAAGCCUUAUGAGGAAAAGCCUUAUGCAUUCUCAUUCUCUUGAUCAGGAAUUGUCAACCAACUUACUUUUAAAUUUUAAUGUGAAAUAUAUAGCCAUGACAAAAUGUGCAUGAUGUUAAUAAUAUUAUGGCACAUCAGGGAUUCAAAUGUGCAAAUUGUAUUUUCAUAAGACUUUUUCAUGAUAGUAAAAAAAAAACCCUCCUUUGUCAAGCUAUUAAGUUUUGCAGUAUUUUAUGCCAUCUGCUUUGUGUGUGUCUCCGUGUGUGUGGAUCUGUGUGUCUAUUUUGUAAAUAAAAGCAAGUUGAAU